CAUGAGUGAAUGGACUAGUAGGCGCUUACCAACACCCUGUGUACUACAUUCCCGAGAUCAACCGAGUGUCUCAUGGCGCAAAAUCUGUGAUAACAGCCAUAACGCCGUGGGGUUGAAGCCGUAUCAGUCGAAACACGGGUUUCGUGUUUUUUCAAACCGACUUGUGUCUCACAGACUUCAAAGGAGAAAUUAUUGGCAGCAUUUAUGCAAUCAAUUCAGUCCAGCUUGCCUCGCUUCAAUACUGGAUUUUUUUUAGAUUCAAUUCGCGCUGUGGUAUACUAUAUUCAAGCCUACGCUUCUUAUUUUCCACCAUGACUCAACUUGAUUCUCACAUUGCUGAUUCAGCAACUUUGGACAUCUCACUUGAGGACAGCUGACAGUCAAAGUACAGCCAAGAUUUCCUUUCUAGGAAAUGUAGGAGGUACAAGUACGA